AUUCUUAGUGUGCGGGCAGCCGGAGAGGUGAUCGCCGCUGCAGUCAUGGUUCGUCCCCUGAACUGCAUCGUCGCGGUGUCCCAGAAUAUGGGCAUCGGCAAGAACGGAGACCUGCCCUGGCCUCCGCUCAGGAACGAGUUCAAGUACUUCCAAAGAAUGACCACAACCUCUUCCGUGGAAGGUAAACAGAAUCUGGUAAUUAUGGGUAAGAAAACCUGGUUCUCCAUUCCUGAGAAGAGUCGACCUUUGAAGAACAGAAUUAAUAUAGUUCUCAGUAGGGAACUCAAGGAACCACCACAAGGAGCUCAUUUUCUUGCUAAAAGUCUAGAUGAUGCCUUAAAACUUAUUGAACAGCCCGAGUUAGCAAAUACAACAGACAUGGUUUGGAUAGUCGGAGGCAGUUCUGUUUAUAAGGAAGCCAUGAAUCAGCCAGGCCACCUCAGACUCUUUGUGACAAGGAUCAUGCAGGAAUUUGAAAGUGACACGUUCUUCCCAGAAAUUGAUUUGGGGAAAUAUAAACUUCUCCCAGAGUACCCAGGUGUCCUUUCUGAGGUCCAGGAGGAAGAGGGCAUCAAGUAUAAGUUUGAAGUGUAUGAAAAGAAAGACUAAUGGGAAGAUGCUUUCUGGUUGCCUUCAAGUUCUCCUGCUUU